AUGCCCGAGGAAUCCCUUCCGCAAGGUACUUCUGGUACUUAUGUAUCACCAACUAGACAAUCUUGCCGUUAUUUCCUAAAUGGCGGCCACUGUCCUUUUGGAGAGAGAUGCAGAUACCUCCAUAUCAAACGUUCUGAAAUGCCACCUUCCCACCCCAGGGCGACAGGACAGUAUAAGAGGGGCCAACCGGACAACCAAGAAGGUCAGGCUUCGUUUGAAAUGCGAACGAGCUUGGAAGAUCCUUUGUCAAACCCUCGAUCUGCUGCAGAGCCGCGCGACUCGGAAUACGACUCCACCGCUUUGGCGACCACCAUACCCACAACUGUCACCAUGGCUCCGGCGUCGACCGAUCCUAAUCAACAUGACAUCGACACUACUCAAAAGCCUAAACACAAUAUGCCUGGACCGCUGAAUGAUAGAAAUGUAGUACCCCACGUGCUCUUCAACCAGCAGCAGGAGCAAGGACCCCCUCGCGGAGGAGGCUAUGGAGGCCCAAGCCGGCGAGGGCGUGGAAGAGCUCAGAGAGUGAGAAAUUCUGUCGAGGCUACGCGUUCACAGAAGCAGGAGGAAGAAGAGGAUGGGACACCAGAAAGGACGAGAGAAGAACGUGGAGAUGCCCAGCUAGCAGGGCAUGCCCCAGAAGAAGGCGCACGUCGGUCAAGAAUAAAGCUGCAUGUCAGAGCGGGACGAGACGAGGCUGAACGGAAAGUAGAUGGAGGACAGGAGGAAGCCGCAUGGAAAAUCAGAGUUGAACAAGAGGAAAUUGAGCAAAAAGCCAAAGAAGAACGACAGAAACUUGCACGGAAAGCGAGAGAAAAACGGGAGGAAAAGAUUGCACGAAAAGUGAAAGGAGAGCGAGAGGAAGCUGCACGAAAAGCAAAAGAAGAGCGAGAGGAAGCUGUGCGGAAAGCGAGGGAACAGCGAGAGGAAGCCGAACGAAGAGCCUGGCAAGCCCAGCUAGCAGAGCGUCGAGCACAAGAAGCUCGGGUGACUGUGCAGCAGGUGGUUUUAGGCUCCAGCUUGGUGACAUGCGGUGCAGGCAUCAACAUUCUUAGUGUUAUAGGCGCUUUCGAUCUUUGUCGAAUUCUCGUGAAGCGCCUGCCGAAAAAAGCUAAAGCGAAUGAAGUGGUGGAGAUUUUCUCCCAACAGGGUGUGGAUCCAAAGGACUUUUUUCUGCUUCACAUGAAGCGCAAUGAUGGGCAUACAGAGGCAACGGUUCUGGUGAGGGUGGAGCAAGGCGAAGCCAUGGCGCUUGGAUUGGACGGCGUCGAAUUUCGAGAUAAGCAUUUACAAGUUGAAGUCAGCGCGAAUGCAUCCUGGGGUUCAUCGAGCGACAACUCCAAAACUCUGACCAUCAACUGGAAAAAUCCAUCCACGACAAUAAUUGCCACAUACACGUCGAUUGACCAAGCAAGAGUCAUGGCCAAGGAGCUUGAUGGGCAAAUUUGUAAUGGGCGCAAAGUCAGAGCAGUCAUGGAUCAGCCACGUCGAGGUCUGCGCCACAACCCAGGUUCAAUCAAACUCACGAAUCUGCUCCCAAAUGUUCCAUUAGCUGAUAUUGAGCAAUUCUCCAAAACAUCCUGCCUCCAGACCGUCUCUUCCCCGACAUACGAUGCUCAAGAAUUCACGGAAUUUCUGCACAGUUACCUCGAGGAUUGCCCUGGCGUCGUUCCCCAGUCAUUCGUCAGCAUGCCCAGCAACGAAAGGGAUGACAACGUCCGCGUAAAGGUUCGGUUUCAUACCUGGGAGGCAGCAAAAUCUGUCUCAGAUACGCUGGACAAGACCAAGCUCCCGGGCCGCCAUGAUUACCCUUUACUUAAAACCAGCAUUCCACACGUGCAAUACAAAUCUCAGAGCAAGCUAUGGAAUUCGCUCAUGGAGGGGAGAGAAAACGGCAUGGCUGGUCUUCACAUCCACCAACGCCCGAAUGGUCGUGUGAUUAUUAAGGUUACGGGGGAUGACAAGAAAGCAGUGGGUGCUCUCAAAGUCAGAGUCGAAAGUCUCGUUGGCGGGGAGCGUCUUGACGCCAGCUAUUGGCACCACUCCCUUCUCUCGGCCGCUGGACAACGGUUCCUGCGUCAAGUCCAUACGACUUGCGGGGCCUACGUCCGAACAGAUACAGGCUUUGAGAGUUUACGGCGAUACCGAAAUGUUGGACAAAGCCAAGGAGUUGAUCAAGGAAGAAGUCAAAAGGCUCUCGUCCCUGGAGAGGCCGCCUUGAAGGAUGUGCUCGGAGAGGACAAUGUCUCCCUUGACUUAGCUUCCACACCCUGCAAGCUGAUAAUCAAGGGCGGAGAUGAAGCUCUUCACCCCGAACUUCUGGAUGAAUUGCUCACAAACUCAAGACUGGAUAAAAGUUAUGCAGCGAAUGGGGACGACAUCUGCAUCAUCUGUUAUGACACGGUUUCACAUCCCGAAAGCCUUGGCUGUGGACACACAUAUUGCACUACGUGCCUUCGGCACUAUCUGACCUCGGCGCCCGACACAAAGAAAUUUCCACUCGUUUGUAUGGGCAAUGAGGCCACCUGCGACACACCGAUAUCAAUUCCCAUCAUCAAGAAGUUCCUCACUGAACAACGAUUCAACAACCUCAUCGAAGUUGCCUUCCUCUCAUAUCUCGACCAGCAUCCACAAGAAUUUGGGUACUGCACGACUCCGGAUUGUAGUCAGAUCUACCAAAGCAAUUCAACCAAAACAGUCCUCCAGUGUCCUUCUUGCUUCUCAACCAUCUGUCCUUCGUGCCAUGUGGAAGCCCACAAGGGUAUGACAUGUGAUGAAAGAAAGCUUCACGAACAAGAAAGGUUGACCAAAGAAUGGGCUGCUACAAAUGGCGUCAAGAAAUGCCCGACCUGCAGUGGCUGGUUAGAGAAGACGGAAGGAUGCAACCACAUGUCGUGUAAAUGUGGCGCUCACAUUUGCUGGAGGUGUAUGGGUGUCUUCACUGCAGAAACAAUCUACGACCACAUGCGAAGAGAACACGAAGGAAUAUACGACGUUGCUCCACAGUGGGCAAAUCAGCCGGGACCAAACAACGUUCACGCACUUGUUGUUGAUGACCGGUUUGUCGCGGCACAAGAGGCGGAACUUGAGCGUCUGGAACUUCGACGUGCACAGAGACUAGCGACUCCGAGGGAGAGAGUUGAAGAGGCAGUAAGAGAGAACCUUCGGCGGCGGCGUCAGGAAAUGGAGAGACAUAUUGUAGCACAGGAGGAGGUACUUGAAGCCCAGAGAGGGUAA